UCCAACGUUUGUUACGAACUCAUCAAAGGCCGUACUAUAACUAGGCGUACUGCGCGCAUAUACGUAUGCAAGUGUGUAGCAUAUGUGUAUAUAGACCGCCCCCGAGUUGGUAGUUACUGGUAACCUUAACGUUCCGAAAAGCGGAAAGAAGUCGAGAAAAAGUGUCUUUCCAAAUCUAUCCAAAUAUAUAUAGCAAGCGUGCAUAUAUGGUGCCUUCACAAAAAAGAUUUUUUAAUAAAAAGUGCCCGUUUUGCAAUCGAAAUGAUUUAGAUUUUCAUACAGAUAUCGCUGGAUUUAUACGAAAAUCCAUGUGUGUGCCUGCUGCAGAUAGAUAGUGGUAUAAAUGUGUUUUAUCAAUCGGUUCAACUAUCAUUUUCAUUUUCGACGGAUACAAGGUAGUACCCACCACCGCGGGGUGAUAAGUGAUAAGUGCGAUAACGGCCGCGAAUCGAUUAUAGAAUCAUAAUCAUCUUGAGAAUCUACUACCGAAAUUUUUUCUAAUUUUAUGUGAAGUGAAUUUAAUAGAAAAUACUCGUCAAAAUGUAUAAAACAAUUGGGAUAAUCGCCGUGGUUUGUGUGCCGAUUGUUGUUAUUCCACUCAUAGUAUUCUUACCUGAGUCGAUGACGAUAGUGACACGCGAAGAAUGGGGCGCCAAGCCUCCAAAAACCCCAACACUAUUCAAUGGACCCUCGCCGUACGUUAUCAUUCACCAUUCAUAUGAGCCGGGCGCAUGUUACACUGCAAAAGAAUGCCAAGAAGCUGUUCAGUCUAUUCAAGAGUUGCAUCAGGAAGUGAGGGGGUGGAGUGACGUUGGAUACACGUUCCUCAUUGGCGGCGACGGGAAUGUUUACGAGGGCAGAGGAUUCAAUGUGGUUGGAGCCCAUGCACCGGGCUAUAAUGAUAAGAGUGUCGGCAUUUGUUUGAUCGGAGACUGGCGAACGGAACUACCCACGGAAAAGAUGCUGGAAGCAACCCAUAAAUUAAUUGAGUACGGUAUAUCCAGUGGAUAUAUUGUGAAAGAUUACAAAUUAUUAGGUCACAGGCAAGUGAAAGAGACCGAAUGUCCUGGCGAUAGACUUUUCGGGGAGAUAAUCACUUGGUCUCACUGGACCGCUCUCCCCAGGUCUACUUUAAUAAACAAAAUUUCACCAAACAGUAAACUGUAAAAGAAGAAUAAAUUGUUGUUGUGUUAAAA